AUGGCUCCGGCGCCGGUGCUGCAGGUGUUCGGCCAGCCGACGUCCACCGACGUGGCGCGGGUCAUGGCCUGCCUCUUCGAGCGGGACCUUCACUUCGAGCUCGUCCGCACCGACGCCAUCACUAAGCGCGGGCUCAACCUCGCCGCCAGCUGCUUCGUCGACACGAGGUACUGUUGUCCAGGCGGCGGCCACGUGACGCUCAAGCACGGAGACACGUAUCUCACCGAUUCGAGGGACAUAUGCCGGUACGUGUGCACGGAGCUCCCGCGCGGACGCGCCGCCAGGGAAGCCCAGGCACUGUACGGCGCGGGGUCGCUGGAGCGCGCGUCCAUCGAGAAGUGGCUCCGCGCGGAGGCCCGCUGCUUCAACCCGCCGAGCUCGGAGCUGGCGUCCAACUACCAGCAGCAACACCUCGCGCUGACGCCGGACGACGAGGCAGUGGCGGAGGGGGAGCGGCGGGUGCGGGCGGUGAUGGGCGUGUACGACGGCGCGCUGGCCAGGACCAGGUACCUCGCCGUCGACGAGUUCUCGCUGGCCGACCUGUGCCACCUCCCGGGCGCGCACCGCCUCCUCGCCGUGGCCGGCGGCGAGAGGGGGAAGCGGAGGCUACUGGGGUCCCUGGAGCAUGUCUCGCGGUGGUACCACGACGUCUCGGCGCGCCCCGCGUGGCGCCGGGUCGUCGCGGUGCAGAGCGCCGCGCGCGACCUCAUGCCGCCGCUAGUGCCGGCGCGUAGAUGCCAUGAGGAGUUGAGGACCCCAACUAAUUAA